AUGGCGUUUUUGCACGGGGUUCUCAAGGAUGUCUGCACUAAACAGACUUACAAUGUAGGCAGAGAGAACCUUAAAAGGCUUGUUGAUGAGCAAAUUAAGCCUAAAUUGUGUCAAGGUCAUGGAGGCUUCAGUGCUGCGAUCGGCCAGGUGGCCAAUGAGAUUCGGAAGUACAACACUGUUUUAAAGAGUUCAAAUGUUUCUCUUACUAGUAUUAUAAAUAGACUAAUAGAGCGGGUGGCAGCAGGGAUUUCAGGCACGAUUGAAAAGAUUCCUAAUGAAAAUAUUGAGCAGAUGGCUGAGCGUACCCUGAUAAAACAAGCGAAGGAUAUCGGGCUGCUUUCCGAGAAGUAUGUUGAAUAUGGCAAUAAUUUUGAGAAAAGUAUGGGACGUUUCUCCGGUAAAAUUGAUGAUCUCAACAAAGAUCUCCGAAUUUAUAUCGGCCAUGUGAGAAAGAACAUCAAGUAUGAAGUUAAGCGUGUUGAAACAAUGUCAAAUAAGGAAAAAGAGAAUUACGUUGCGAUGAUGAAAAUAGUUAAGAAACUUGGCGCUAUCAAAGCAGACAUAAUUCAUCAGAUCACGGAAAAAGUUACCGCACUUUUCACCACUUUGAAUGAAAAGGUUACGGUCAUCCAUAAAUUGCUCGAAGAGGUUAGUGCUAAAUUGAAAGCGUAUAUUGAAGAAUUAGACAGAUGGAUUCAGAAUGCAGCGCAGAUCAUAGAUAAUGCAGGGAGACAGAUCAAUAUCGUAUUGGGGGAGUUGAAGGUAGAAGAUUCAGAUAAGUAUCCCUAUAAAAUUAGUCAGCUGGCUGAGCAGAUUGGCAAAGACGCCACAGUGCUGCACGGGAAUUUUGAAGCGGUGAAGAAGCAAUUUGAGGAGGUGUUUAAAACCCUUAAGGGAGAAAAAGGAACGGGCGAACAAGGUGAUGAAGGGGGUGUGAUGGGAAAGUUGCUGGGGCUUGAGGAAAAGGUAACUGAGGAUGUGCCGAAUGGUUUUGAUAAAUUUAACACGGAUGACGACGGUUGGGGUCUUAAAAGUAAGAUUGAGUCGCUCACUACGCAAAUUGGAGUGAACGUUGAGGAAUGUGUUGAAAAGCUGAGCACGGCUCUAAAAGAGGCUGUGGCAGUGGCUACCGUUGAUGAUCCCGCUGAUGGCAAUUAUCCCGGUCUCAAAGCACUGCAAAAGAAUGCGUUGGGUGACAUAAGGAAGGUGGGAGCGUGGCUUGGGAGUGCAGCUGGGGACGACGACCGCAAUGGCCCUGGCGCAAAACUAGAAAGGGUAUUGAAUCAUUUUCACGAGGCCAAAAAAGAAUGGGAGAGUGUAUCACCAUCCAACAUCACCAUUCAAAUUCUCAAAGGUAUCAAAGAAGAGAUCGGUAAAAAAGCCACGGAAGGCGACGAUUUCAACAGCAGGCUCUUUGACCUCCUCCAGGGUGCAGCGUAUCAUGGUAUCGGGAAUAUUUAUGGGGAGAUCACUAGCAUCGUUGAGGAAAAACUUGAGCCCAUUAAAAAUGAUCUUCAGGAGUUUGUUAAGCAGGCCCAAGAUACACAAAAUGCGAUUGAAACUCAGGCUGGUAAAGUCAGCCACCACCUUAGUGAGCUAUGCUUGGCUGUCAACAAUCCUGGUGGGCACGUCAAGACGCAUCUGGAAACUUUGAAAAAUACGUAUUUCAAGGAUCUGACUGGAGGAAUUGAGAGCGCCGGACAAAGCAUCCGGAAAAUUAAGCAUCAGCUAAGUGAGCUGCUAGGAGGUGCUGUCAGUGAUGCCCUCAAGGACGCCAAGAGCUUUAUUGAGGAAGCUCCAAAAAUGGGCCAACAAACUAUCGACGACUUAAAGAGUCACAUUGAACCACAACUAGAAGCAGCAACUAAACAACUCACCACAGACUCCCACAAACAUUACUUCUCUAUCAUGAAGGACAUCUUGACUAACUUUGCAGAAAAGGUGAAUAGUGAAUUACAACUGUUGCCAAAGCAAAUUGAAGAUGAUUUGGCCGUCGGAUUUAAGGGGUAUGUGGACAAAUUUGGCAAACAGUUUGUUAACAAGGUUAAGGAAAUUAGCGGUAUCACGGCGCACAUCUCUAGCAUCGACCCUGCGCAAUACUCUCCGCUUAGCCAAACUGCCAAAAUAUUGUGCGACGCCUUUAGAGGGUUUUUUGACGACUUAGAAAAACAAACCGAUUUCACGUCUGACUUCCAUAAAGUUCAACCGAUCAGGGAGUGUUUGGCCAAAUUGCUUACCGCGCUUACAAAGUCUGAGCAUUUCGAUGCGAGAUUCAGUAACAACCUAGAUGAACUUGAAAUGAACAUCGCUGAUUUCAAGCCUACGAAAUUCGACGAUGCCAAAAGUCCGUUGAUUCUCGAGGCGCUGAGGAGGAGUUUCACCCCUAUGGUGAGGGAGCUCAAGAAGGCGUACGUCAGUCAUUACUCGGGGAGACAAUGGUACGAGAAGGAACUGGGAGACUACGCGAAAAUCUGCCUCACCAUCACGCCAAUAUUACAUAGCGCCUUAAAGGAGCUCAAAGAGAAACUUGAAAGCGACUGGAAAGGGUAUAAAAUAUAUAAUCCAGAUGUCUCUCACCGCAGCUUGCAUAAGCUUUUCUUUAACGACCAUGGUUACGAUACUGGUGUCCCUGACGAAGCCUCCAACGGAGAGUUGAAUCAUAGGGCCGACUGUGCUCCUGGCCGUAUUCUUAGUCAUCUCACCGGGGGUACACAUAAGCUGUUUGUCACUGGCCACUCAGAUGCCGAUAAUGCCUCCACUCCAAGCAAUGGCGAUGAUGGGAUUACAUUAGAGGGUGUGAUCCCAAAUAUAUACGACUGUCUUAAACUAUACUUUAGCGUCUGCCAUUUCACGUACAUAGAGAAACCCACAACACCUUGCAACAUCUACCAGAUGCUGUUAUGGCUGACCGGUCUGCAGUUCAAUGGCGUCUACGAGAAGCUUCGUAAUCACGUUCGAGACUUAUUUCUGGUGGAGAAUGAAGCACAGCCGCCUGAAAAAAAUACUUAA